AUGAAAAGGUCCUCCCGCACUAAUCCCGCCAGGAAAACCCGGAACACCCGUCAGAUUAAAUGCCUAGUCGGCGUCAAAUUGAUGACGGACCCGCAAUCGGCGCUCCUACUGCGCAAACAGCUCGCCGAACUGAACGAACACCCGAUCGAAGGCUUCUCGGCCGGCCUCAUCGACGACAACGACAUAUACAAAUGGGAGGUGCUGAUCAUCGGCCCGCCGGACACGCUCUACGAGGGCGGCUUCUUUAAGUGCCACCUGUACUUCCCCAAGGAGUACCCGCACCGGCCGCCGAAGAUGAGGUUCGUCUCCGACAUCUGGCAUCCCAACAUCGACAAGAACGGCGACGUGUGCAUAUCGAUAUUGCACGAGCCCGGCGACGAUCAGUACGGGUACGAGAAGGCCUCGGAACGGUGGCUGCCGGUCCACUCGAUCCAGAGCAUCCUGCUGUCGGUGAUAUCCAUGCUGGCCGAUCCGAACGAUGAGAGUCCUGCUAACGUGGACGCGGCUAAAGAGUGGAGAGAAUCGUACGCGGAGUUCAAAAAGAAGGUGGCUUCUUGCGUGAGGAAGUCCCAGGAGGACGACUGA